AUGGCAGGCAUCUGCCUGAUUUGGGAUCGAUGUGGGGGCUUGAGCCCCAGGUGUGAAUCCUUCCUACAGAGUCUCUCCUAUUUCCUCCACUGCUCACCACUGGCAGCUAACUGGACCCAUCUGGAGAGGCAUGGGAGUAUCCAGGCCCUGCCGAUCUGUGCUGCCUUCUGUGACCAGUGGUUUUCAGCCUGCAGAGAUGAUCUGACCUGUGGUCGGAAUUGGCUCUCCCAACUAGAAGGAGGGAUCUGUGAGGGUGGUUGUCUCACCUUUGAACAGACCUUCCUGGACGCCAAAGACCUGUGUGGUUCUGCGCUGGGAGACUACCUGGCUGCUGCUCCUGCUCCCUGUCCCUGCCUUCAGCUCUCCAUCUCUGACCCGCAGCCGCCUGACCCAGAGUCCUCAUUCGGCAUCGCCUGCCCAGCCUGGCCACUGCCCCGAACCCGAGGGCGCGAGAGCAACCGGCUCAAACGUGCGCUGCUCCUUCCGCCUGGGGAACUCGGCAGUGGCAGCGGCAGCGGCAGCGGCAGAGGCCCCUAG